AUGGAGAUCGACGGUCAACCCUCCAAAAGACGGCGACGCAGUCGCAAAGUUCAGUCAGAUCGCAAGUUUGAAUGCACAUUUGAAGGCUGUGGGAAGAGCUAUUCUCGUGCCGAACACCUUAGUCGUCAUGCGCUCAACCAUACCCCGAAACAAAUCUAUCGCUGCGACUUUCCCAACUGCUACCGAUCCUUCGUGCGACAGGACCUCUGCACGCGCCAUCGUGAACGUCACACUACCAGCGGUUCCCAGCUCCAGAAACGAGAUAAUUUCACCGAAAAUGGCACGAAGAAUUCCCCGCCUUCUUCGCCUGCUAUCACCGCGCCGGAAUACUUUGUUGGCUCAGAGGAGCCCAAACCUCCGGUGACCACAUACCCCCUCACCACCGGAGUGGAUAGCAAUGAGAUAGCGGUGGACCAAUUCUCAGAUUUCCCAGCGGUACUGGACCAGCCUGAUAAUCUGAUCGAUCUAGACUCCAUGUCCUACCCGAUUUUUGGCGGGGAAACCUAUAACCGAUCGCCAUUCGCCAUGGCGGACGAUUUUGCAGCGUGGUUAUUCAGCGAGCCAGUCGCGCCGUUGGGCUAUGGAAUGGUACCACUUGUUCAGAAUCAGUUCUACAUGAACGAGCCUGCAUAUAGCAACCAAAAUUUUUGCUCCGUGAUUCCACAGCACCCGAUGAGCGUAACGAGUAUUUUGGACUCGGGAAGCACCACCGGCUGUCAUCUCGGAAGCGAAGCGGCAGGAGCUGCUGCACUUGAUGUCCACGCGAUUCAAUGA